ACGAGGAUAGUAGGUUGAUCGUGCUUACUAGCUGUAAUACUGGUAGAUGUAGUAAAGCAUAUGUCUCCCUUGAAGAUUUGAACCUUGACCGAUCCAACCCGUUGCCCCGAUUAGUCAUAUCACGAUUACCAAUGCACCAGACCGAAACCAGAAACCAUCGAUACGCGCAUCUUCCAGAAAAAAAAUCCUUGGCCGCCAAAAUACCACAAAGGCUAUAAAAGCCUGUUUAUCUCCAUGUAUGUCAGUGUCGCAACCUACUUCGAUUGUGUAAGAUCGUACAAAAAAAUUGUUCACAAUGCAAAAGUGGUGGUUAGUGCUGUCAUUGACACUAGUUUGUUACUGGGCUGAAUCAUCACCUGUCGGAUUAGGUACACUGGAGUUUGACAAUCUCGAUACCGACCUCGAUAGCUUGUCGUACGAGGUCGAGGAAGAAGAUCUGGAUGAUUUCUCCAAGCUUCUAGACGAGGAAGCAGCGGCUAAAGAGGCUAAAGCCAACGAGCAAAACAAGAGUGUAAAGACGUCUGGUUUCAAAAAGAAGAAUACAGCCAAUAAGGGAUUAAAGAGUAAACAUAACAUUCAAGAUCUGAAGAAGUUUUAUAAAUCAGCCGGCGUGCAUGACCAGGGGGCAUACGAUGACGACGACGUGUACGCAGCCGUAGAAGGCGUGGCUGCGCAAGCUGUUGGCAUCAAGGGUAAUGAAGACAGAACCUACAGGAAAGGCACGAAAACUAGAGGCUUCCACCGAGUGCAUCAUAAAGACGAAUAUAAGAAAGACAAAGCAUUUUACGAAGAUGACGAAACAAAAGGCACUAUAAAGAAGGUUGGUGCAAAAGGUUUAGGCUACAAGAUUGGCGCCGGAGCGGGUUUUAAUAAGGGUCAUUUCCACCAUAACCGCCAAAAGGGCAUUUACGGAAAACAAGGAUUCUUAGACAAGAAAUUAUUAGAUAAAGAAUUUAAAGGAUAUUCUGAUGCUCAAGGAUUUGAUGGUUCAUUUAGUAGUGAUAAUUGA